UCUAUGGUGACGGCGAGAGGCGGGGCGGCGAAGCCGGAAGCGGGGACCGGGCGCCCGGAGCGCAGGGUUGCCUAAAGGAAGAGAAAUGGAACUGAAAAAGUUAAGCAUCUCGUUGGUUGUGGUCCUGGUUCUGGUCUUGGUUCUGCAAAUUUUGUCUGCAGUGGAUUUUGACCCAUACAGAAUCCUUGGGGUUAGCAGGACGUCCAGCCAGGCUGACAUUAAAAAGGCUUAUAAGAAGCUCGCCCGGGAAUGGCACCCUGACAAAAACAAGGACCCAGGAGCAGAAGAUAAAUUUAUACAAAUUAGCAAGGCCUAUGAGAUCCUCUCCAAUGAGGAAAAGAGAUCAAACUUUGAUCGUUACGGAGAUGUGGGUGAGAACCAGGGGUACCCUCAGCAGCAGCAGCACCGCCAGUUCCAUCACUUCCACGAAAGCUUUUACUUUGACGAAUCCUUUUUCCACUUCCCGUUUAAUUCGGAGCGACGAGACUCCUCCGAUGAGAAGUACUUGCUGCAUUUUUCGCACUAUGUGAACGAGAUUGUACCGGACAGUUUCAAAAAGCCCUACCUCAUUAAAAUAACCUCGGACUGGUGCUUCAGCUGUAUCCACAUUGAGCCUGUGUGGAAGGAGGUUGUUCAGGAGCUAGAGGUGCUGGGGGUGGGAAUUGGAGUCGUCCACGCUGGGUAUGAGAGACGCCUCGCACAUCACCUGGGAGCACACAGCACACCCUCCAUUCUGGGACUCAUUAAUGGGAAAAUAUCCUUCUUCCACAAUGCGGUCAUCCGAGAGAACCUGAGGCAGUUUGUAGAGAGCCUUCUUCCAGGGAACCUCAUAGAGAAGAUUACAGAUAAAAAUUAUGUCCGAUUCCUGUCGAACUGGAAGAAAGAAAAUAAACCCCAUGUCCUUCUGUUUGAUCAUAUGCCAGUAGUGCCAUUGUUAUACAAGCUCACUGCUUUUGCGUACAGAGAUUAUUUGUCCUUUGGAUACGUGUAUGUUGGACUCAGAGGGACUGAAGAGUUGUCCAGACAAUAUAACAUCAACGUCUACACCCCCACCAUGAUGAUCUUCAAGGAACAUAUUGAUAAGCCUGCCGAUGUUAUUCAGGCACGAGAGAUGAAAAAGCAGCUCAUUGAUGACUUCCUUUCCCAGAACAAGUUCCUUCUGGCAGCCAGACUCACCAACCAGAAACUGUUUCGUGAGCUGUGUCCUGUGAAGAAGUCUCACCGUCAGCGGAAGUACUGUGUGGUUUUACUUACUGGCGAGGGUGACAAGUUUGCUAAGACCUAUGAGGCCUUUGUGGCCUUUGCUCUGGCAAACACGAAAGACACCGUGAGGUUUGUGCAUAUCUACGACGACCGUCAGCGAGACUUUGCCCAGGCCUUGCUGAUGGAUGAUGAGAAAUAUUGGGGGAAAUCUGCCGUGGCCAUCUUGGAAAGGCGCAAUAAUGUAGGAAGAGUGGUCUAUAAAAUCUUGGAAGAUGCCUGGGAGGGCAGUGAAGAGGAUAACUUCAUCCUUUUGGAUCUUCUGGCUCAGUUAAGAACAGACCCUGGUCUUCUCUCUUCAGACACUGUCCUGCCAGACUUGAAUGAUGAACUUGCUCCUGUGUUCUUUCUCCGAUGGCUCUACUCCGCAAUGGAGUAUGUCUCGGACUGCUGGGAUAGCGUAUUUCAUAAUAACUGGCGGGAAAUGAUGCCACUUCUGUCCCUGAUCUUCUCAGCCCUCUUCAUUCUCUUUGGCACUGUUAUUGUUCAGGCUUUCAGCGACUCGAGCGAUGAGAGAGACUCUCCUCUCCCCCAGAAAGAAGAACCCAAUGAAAAGAAUGAAAAGAAUAACACGACCUUCAGCAAAGAGAACAGCAGGAUUCCCAAAAAGGGCUUUGUCGAAGUGACUGAGCUAACAGAUGUUACCUAUACUAGUAACCUGGUGCGCCUGAGGCCGGGUCACAUGAACGUGGUUCUGAUCCUUUCCAACCCCACCAAAACCAGCCUACUUCAGAAGUUUGCCCUGGAAGUCUACACAUUCACAGGGAGCAGCUGUCUUCAUUUCUCCUUCCUGAGCCUCGAUAAGCAUAGAGAAUGGCUGGAAUAUUUGUUAGAAUUUGCCCAGGAUGCUGCCCCCAUUCCAAAUCAAUACGAUAAACAUUUCCUGGAGCGCGACUACACCGGUUACGUCCUAGCUCUAAAUGGCCACAAGAAAUACUUCUGCCUCUUCAAGCCUCACAGAUCGGGGGAUGAAGGGGGAACCAUGGGGUCCUGUGAGGAUUAUGACCCCUUGCUACAUACAGGAGAAGCCCGAGGAAAAUCCUCCUGCAGUCCAGGAUCCAAACAAGCUAAAAACAAAUUAAGCAAGUUGUCCUUAUGGAUGGAACGUCUCUUAGAAGGUUCCUUACAAAGGUUCUAUAUUCCAUCCUGGCCUGCAUUAGACUGA